UUUGCUCUGUCCAGUAUCUCUCACACCCCAGAGGUGGAGCCACCAGCCUUCCCAGGAGCCGGCAGAGGGGGAGAGAGAAAAAAGACAGCUAAAAAGGAGGGGAGGGAAAGUUUCUUGUAUCUUGCUGCCCAGCUCUGAGGGUUGCUGAGUGGAAGCUGCUGCUUCUCCCCUCAGCAUAUUAUCAUCUCUCAGCUGACAGACGGGGUUGUCAUAUGCUAUUUAUUUAUUCUCAGUUCCUUUCAUUUUUCCUGAAUCAUUUUCUCAAGACCUCGUGGGCACUGUGUCCUUUGCCAACUUCCUCUACUACCUGUUGCAUCUAAAACUCACUAUCCAAGAUGGUUGCUGGAAUGCUAAUGCCACUGGAGCGACUGCGAGCAAUUUAUGAAAUCCUUUUCCGGGAUGGAGUGAUGGUGGCUAAAAAUGAUGAGAGGCCACAGAGUCGGCACUCUGAGGUGCCAGGUGUUACCAACCUGCAGGUGACGAAAGCCAUGAGCUCACUUAAGUCCCGUGGAUUUGUACGAGAAACCUAUGUAUGGAAGCACUGUUACUGGUACCUCACUAAUGAUGGCAUUGCUUACUUGCGACAAUACCUGCACCUGCCUCCUGAGAUUGUUCCAGCAUCAUUACAGAGGGUGAGGCGUCCAAUGCCCGCUGCUGCUUUGCCCCGACGGCCCCCGGCUUCUGGAGUACAAACUAUGCGGGGUCCCACGUCUUAUGUACCUAAACCCCAAUCUGAAGGUGAGAGGCAGGAGUAUCGCAGGAGAGAAAUGCCAGAGUUACAGAAGAGUCAAUCCUCCAUGUCGGGUUCCUACAACACCCGGGCACAAGAGGAGAGCUGGCCAGAAGGUGGGUGGCAGAGAUGGCAAGAGAAGGGGGGACAGUUUAGUUUGAAUGAGGCUGUUAGGCCAUCUAAGACCCCAGCAAUAGAAGGGAAGUUAGGGAUAUGGCAGGAUCAGAAAGGGGAAGCAAGAAGGGAGAACAGAGUUGAGUUAAAAGCAAUGGGGAAUGCAGCAAGCGUGUUCUCUGAUACUCAGGGAGCAGUGAAUAAAGUUGUGGAGACGCAGCAGAUAAGGAAGAGUGUAAAGCCAGAAUUAGAGCUACAAACCGUUCCAAGUUCAGUAACUGCAGCAUAUGAUAGGCAGGAGCAGAGGGGGGAGGUGGCCAGGAGCAGAGCAGUAAAGGAGCCAGUGGAGUCUGUGAUUAUCUCAUCCUCUACUAAGUUUCAAAAUGCAGAAAAAACAUUUGGGGCCAGAAAGGCUGUCUGGAAUGAGGCUGCUGAGUUAAAUGCAGUGACCUCAAUAUAUAAAAAGGAAGACGUCAGGCAAGAGAAGGACAAAAAUGUGAUAGCAGAGGAAAACGUACUUGCAUCUCAAGGGGCCUCUUUACUUACAAGUGCACAAGUUAAACAGGAGAUCAGACAGGGAAUACGGGAGAAGAAGGAGGUGGCAGAAACGUUGGAGGCAGUUAACAUUCAGAAGGAUAUUAGGCCUGUAAUCUCUGAGCUUGAGAAGGAGACUAAGCAGGGUGGUAGGCAGCAGAAAAAGCCCAAGAAGCAGACUGAGAAAGAGCAACCAGAGGCUCAGGUAGCUCAGGAUAUAGUGACAUCUGUCCCUGAACCCCCCAAAAAUGAGGCCAAACAGGACAAGAAAAAGAGGGAAGGAAAAGGAGAGAAAGUAGAGGAAAAAGAGGUUUGCUUAGUUUCAGAAUCAAAGGUAGAAGCCAGUCAGGUCUGCAUAAUAGAAGAGACAAAGCUCAGUGAAAAGAAGGGGGAGAUUAGCAAAGCUGCUGAAUUAGAGUCAACUUCAGUAACUGCUGCCUGUGAAACAGCAAAGCCAGAGACACAAGUGCAGGGCAGGCAAGGGAAGAAGAAAGAGCCUAAAGCGCAGGCUGUGGGGGGCAUUAAGAAGACAGAAAAGCAGGGGGCAGAAGAGGUACAGGCUGCCCCUGAGCCACCAACACCCCUUGUCAGUCAGGAAGCUAAACAGGACAUUAGGAGGGAAGAGAGUAAUAGAGAGUCAAAGGUAAAGGAAAAUGCCCCACUAGCUGAGUCCAAUGCAGUGACUAUAACCUGUGAAUCAACAAAGAGAGAGACACAGCAGGGGGAGAACGGGAACAAGGGGAAACAAAGGGCAGAAAAGGUGAUUAGGAAGGAGACCAAACUGGUACCUCUUGGUCCAGUGACCUCAGUUCCAGAACCUGUACAGGUGGAAGCUAGAAAGGAAGAACAAAAUCAGGUAACACCAGAGGCCCAUAAAGAAGGGGUUGUAGAUCAGAAACUAGAGGCACCAGUAACUCAAGGCCUAGUUGUCUCUGACAAUGAACUUCCAGAGGCCAAAAGCAAUUUGGAGACCAGUCAGGAGAAAUCAAACAAGGAGGCCGAGGGGGUUAAGGUGAAGCAGGAGAUAACUUUGUCACAAACAGAGAGUUCUGAUAGUAAACCCAAUGAAACAAAACAGGAGGCCCGACAAAAGGGGAAAGAUAAGAGAAAAAAGAAGCUAGAAGUAAAGGAAAAUCUGCUGCUAGAUGAGUCAAACAUAUCUACAAAUGCAGUUACUGUAACUUGUGAAUCAGCAAAGAAACAAACUCAGCAUGAGGAGAAGCAAAGGGUAGAAAAGGUUAGUGAAAAGGAGACAGAUGUGGUACCUGUAGUUCCUGGCCCAGUUACCCCACACCCAGAACCUGCACAGGUAGACGCCAAAAUAGAAGUGAGACAGGAAGAACAGAAUCAGGGAACAUCAGAGGCCCAUAGCGAAGAGGUUGUGGAGAAGAAACCAGAGGUAUUAGAAGCUCUAGGCUUAGUUGCCUCUGACAAUGAGCUCACAGAGACUGAAAGCAAACUAAAGAUCUGUCAGGAGAUAUCAAACAAGGAGGCCGAGGGGGUUAAGGUUAAACAGGAGAUAACUUUAUUACAAACACUUGUAUGCACAGAGAUUUCUGCCCCUAAACCCAAUGAAACAAAACAGGAGGCCCAACAAAAGGGGAUAGAUAAAAGCAAAAAGAAAGGAGUAAAGGAUGAGGGUAAGUUGUACAGUACAGGCAUAAAAGAUAAGAAAAAGACAGAAAAGUCUGAAUCUGAGCGAAUACAGAAAACUCUAGGAUUAGUAGUCACUGAAGAACAAGAGAUCAGACCAGAGGCCGUUAGUGAAAAAGGGAUCCAAGGGAUUAACAAUGAAAUAGCUAAAUUACAGGGAGUUGUAGGCCCACUGACUUCUGAACAAAAAAAAGAAGAGUCUGAUGAAAUAACACUGGUCUGUUCUGUACCUGCACAACUAAAACAAGAGAUUAUUACUGAAGCUACAUUGUCUUUAACUGCACAUGCCCAGAGUCCUCCACUAUCUAAAGUGACUGACAUUGUCAAGCAGGAACCAAUACCUGAGGUCAAAGAGGACUUGAUUCUGGUUUCUGAAUCACAAAGGACCACUGAGACAAAGGUCAAGAAGCAGAUCAUCGUAGAACAUGUCAUGUCAACUAUCACCCAAAGUUGUACAGUGACUGAGAUUUCUGAACUUAACAUAGGUACAAAGGAGGGUGACCUGCAGGCAGAGUCCAUUGGAAGUAUUUGUACCACAAAACCUCCAGAUUCUGGAGAAAUACAAGGGACCAAGGAGCUGAAGGCCACACUGGAAGUUAAGGAUCACAAGGACUUGCAAGACUCCAGCAAACAGGAGAAUCAACAGACUUUGGUAGAACUUGCUAUCUCUCCCCAGAAUCCUCUAGUGUGUAAGGAAACACAAGAAACUGAGCCGCAUGCUCCAACACCAGCAACCAGUGACAAGACAGAUGCUGAGCAGGAAGUGGCACAUGAUCCAGAUGUGACUGUGGAGGAGACGUCUGUAUCAUUCUCUGACUCCACCCUUGAUGAAGAUGAGAGGGACCGAGUGCAGAAGAAGACCUUCACCAAAUGGGUAAACAAACAUCUGAUCAAGCACUGGAGAGCAGAGGCUCAACGUCAUGUCAAUGACUUGUACGAAGAUCUUCGAGAUGGCCAUAAUCUCAUCUCCCUCUUGGAGGUGUUGUCUGGGGAGACCCUGCCGAGGGAACGGGACGUUAUCAGGAACUUGCGGUUGCCAAGAGAGAAGGGCCGCAUGCGGUUCCACAAACUACAGAAUGUACAGAUUGCUCUGGAUUUCCUGAAGCUAAGACAGGUGAAACUGGUGAACAUCAGAAAUGACGACAUUGCAGACGGGAACCCCAAGCUGACCCUGGGCUUGAUAUGGACUAUAAUUCUUCACUUCCAGAUAUCUGACAUCCAGGUUAGCGGUCAGUCUGAGGACAUGACAGCCAAAGAGAAACUGCUGCUUUGGUCACAGCGUAUGGUGGAAGGAUACCAGGGACUGCGCUGUGACAACUUCACCAGCAACUGGCGAGAUGGGCGGCUCUUCAAUGCCAUUAUCCACCGACACAAACCGAUGCUCAUUGACAUGAACCGAGUUUACAGACAGACAAACCUACAGAACUUGGAUCAGGCUUUCGGGGUUGCAGAGAGAGAGCUGGGAGUAACUAGACUAUUGGAUCCCGAGGAUGUGGAUGUUCCACAGCCCGACGAGAAGUCUAUCAUCACCUACGUGUCCUCUCUGUACGACGCUAUGCCUCGCGUUCCUGACGUGCAAGAUGGUGUCCGAGCUAAUGAGCUUGAGCUGCGCUGGCAGGAGUAUUAUGAGAGAGUAACCGUCCUACUGCAAUGGAUUCGUCACUACACAGUCAUCUUUGAGGAGAGAAGAUUCCCUGGCAGCUAUGAAGAAAUUGAGAUCUUGUGGCGUCAAUUCCUCAAAUUUAAAGAGACUGAUCUCCCCAGUAAGGAGGCUGAUAAAAACCAGUCCAAGCAACAGUACCUGUCCCUAGAGAGUGCAGUAAAGUCUGGUCAGCUUAAAGUUCCUCCUGGUUAUCACCCUCUGGAUGUGGAGAAGGAGUGGGGGAAGCUGCACGUUUCCAUCCUGGAGAGAGAGAAGCUUCUGCGCAUGGAGCUGGAGAGGUUGGAGCGGCUGCAACGUAUUGUCAGCAAAUUACAGAUGGAGUCUGCUAUGUGUGAGGAGCAGCUGAACCAAGCAGAUACAUUACUACAGAUGAACAUCCGUCUCCUGAACGCCGGGAAACAGCCGCAGAGAUCAGGUGACAUAGAGCGGGAUUUGGACAAUGCCGAUGGUAUGAUCCGCAUGCUCUUUAAUGAUGUACAAGCACUGAAGGAUGGGCGGCAUCCGCAAGGAGAACAAAUGUACAGGAGGGUUUACAGAUUGCACGAGCGUUUUGUUGCCAUACGCACAGAAUACAACCUAAGACUCAAGUCUGGGGCUACCCAGGAGAGUAUUCAAGUCAUCACUGUAACCUCAACUCAGCAGGCUUCCCGCCCCGAUGUGGACGGUGCCACCCUUAAAUACCUGCAGGAUCUGCUUGCUUGGGUAGAGGAGAACCAGAAGCGAAUCAAUACAGCUGAGUGGGGAUCAGAUCUCCCCAGUGUUGAAUCCCAGCUCGGAAGCCAUCGUGGACUCCAUCAGUCAAUUAAUGAGUUCAGAUCGAAGAUUGAACGAGCGCGAUCUGAAGAGGGGCAGCUCUCAGGUACACGCGGAUCAUACCAGGAUUAUCUGGGAAAGCUGGAUCUGCAAUAUGCAAAGCUGCUGAACUCCUCUAAGGCCCGGCUCCGGCACCUGGAGAGUCUGCACGCGUUUGUGACAGCGGCCACUAAAGAGCUGAUGUGGCUAAAUGACAAAGAGGAGGAAGAAGUCAGCUAUGACUGGAGUGAGCGUAACAACAACAUGACGAGCAAGAAGGACAAUUACUCGGGACUGAUGCGGGAGCUUGAACUAAAAGAGAAGAAAAUCAAAGAAAUCCAGAACACAGGAGACCGGCUCCUGCAGGACAACCACCCUGGGAAAGCCACUAUUGAGGCGUUCCAGGCUGCUCUUCAGACACAGUGGAGCUGGAUGCUUCAGUUGUGUUGCUGUAUUGAGGCUCAUCUGAAGGAGAACACGGCAUACUUCCAGUUUUUUGCAGAUGUAAAGGAGGUAGAGGACAACCUGAAAAAAGUGCAGGAAACCAUGAGAAGAAAAUACACAUGCGACCGCUCUAUCACAGUGACUCGCCUUGAAGACUUGCUGCAAGACAGCUUGGAUGAGAAGGAGCAGAUGGCAGAAUACAAGGGGCAAGUAGCUGCGCUCGCCAAGCGGGCAAAAUCCAUCAUACAGUUAAAGCCUCGCAGCCCAUCUAACCCUCUGAAGGCCAAGCAGCCAGUGCAAGCGGUUUGUGACUACAAGCAGAUGGAGAUCACUAUACACAAGGGGGAUGAGUGUCUUCUGCUAAAUAACUCACAGCCACAGAAAUGGAAGGUUCAGAACACUUCAGGUAACGAUGCUGUUGUUCCCUCUGUCUGCUUCAUCGUCCCCCCUCCCAACAAAGAUGCUCUGGAUGCUGUUAACAGACUCGAGGCAAAUCAGCAGACUCUGCUCACCCUCUGGCACACAUUACACAUUGACUUGAAGAGCCUCCUGUCCUAUCAGUACCUGCUGCGUGACAUCCAAAUCAUCCAUUCCUGGUCGCUUGUCACGUUCCGUAGCAUGACGACAGAGGAAUACCGGCUGACACUCCGGAAUUUAGAAACACAUUAUCAGGACUUCAUGAGGGACAGCCAGGACUCCCAGAACUUUCAUGCCGAUGAUCGAAUGAACAUAGAAAGAGAGUACAACUCCUCUACCCAGAAAUACGAACUUCUCCUGCGUAGCCUGGAGAAAGGAGAGCAGGAUGAGACGACGUGCAAGAAUUAUAUCUCCCAGCUGAAGAACAUACAGCUACAGCUUGAGGGCUGUGAGUCUCGUACAGUGAACAAGAUCCGGUCACCUCUGGACAAAGAUCCUAUCAGAGAGUGUUCUCAGAGGAUAGGAGAGCAGCAGCAAAUUCACUUUGAGCUGGAGAACAUCCAAAAGAAUCUUGACAAGGUGAGCGAGAAGACACAGAAGAUCCUGGCACAGCAGGACCUGGGCGCUUCUGCGCCUGUGCUCCGGUCUGAACAUGACACAACAGUGCAGAAGAUGGAACAAGUCUACAGUCUGUCCACCAUCUACCUGGAAAAAUUGAAGACCAUCAACCUUGUGAUCCGAAACACUCAUGGUGCUGAGGAGGUGGUAAAGACGUAUGAGGACCAACUGAAGGAUGUACAGUCUGUGCCCUCUGACGUUAAGGAGCUAGAGAGCAAUAAAUCUGACCUUAAGAGAAUGCGUGGGCAGGUAGAAGGUCACCAACCACUGUUCAGCAGCUUGGAGAGUGACCUAAGCAAGGCUAAGGAGGUGAGUGAGCAGAUGCUCAGGACUCACAGCGAGAGAGAUGUGGACCUAGAGCGCUACAGGGAGAAGGUACAGCUCCUCCUGGAGCGUUGGCAAUCCAUUGUCCUUCAGAUAGACGUAAGACAGCGAGAGCUGGAGCAGUUGGGCAAGCAGCUGAGAUACUACAGAGAGAGCUAUGAGUGGCUGAUCAAGUGGCUACAGGAUGCCAAGCAAAGGCAGGAGAAGAUCCAGUCUGUACCCAUCACUGACAGCAAAACGGUCAAAGAGCAGCUGUUGCAGGAGAAGAAACUCCUGGAGGAAAGUGAGAAGAACAGGGAGAAGGUAGAUGAAUGCCAGAAAUUUGCCAAGCAGUACAUUGAUGCCAUCAAGGAUUUUGAGCUUCAUCUAGUAACAUACAAAGCUCAAGUGGAACCAGCAGCAUCUCCUGUCAAGAAACCCAAAGUCCAGUCAGCCUCAGACAACAUAAUUCAGGAGUAUGUGGAGCUCCGCACAAAAUACAGUGAACUCACCACUCUGACCAGCCAGUACAUAAAGUUCAUUACAGAGACGCUGCGGCGGCUGGAAGAGGAGGAGAAAGCGGCUGAAAAACUGAAGGAAGAGGAGAGAAGAAAGCUGGCAGAUGUUGAGGCCCAGCUAGAGAAGCAGAGGCAACUGGCUGACGCACAUGAGCAGGCCAAAGCUCUGGCAGAGAAAGAAGCCAGAGAACUGCGCCUGAAUAUGCAAGAAGAGGUCUCCAAGAGGGAGGUUGUGGCUGUAGAUGCUGAAAAGCAGAAGAAGAACAUCCAACAAGAGCUGCAGCAGAUGAGACAGAUCUCAGAAAUGGAAAUUUUGUCCAAGGUCAAGCUGAUUGAAGAGGCUGAAUAUAGCCGCAAGAAGGUGGAGGAGGAGAUAAGAAUAAUACGGCUUCAACUGGAGACAAGCCAGAAGCAAAAAGGCAGUGCAGAGGAUGAACUAAGGGCCCUGAGAGAGAGAGCAGAAGAAGCUGAAAGGCAGAAGAAGCUAGCACAAGAAGAGGCUGAACGGUUGCGCAAACAGGUGAAAGAUGAGACACAAAAGAAGAGAGAAGCAGAAGAGGAGCUUCAGCGUAAGGUUCAAGCAGAAAAGACUGCAUCCCUUGAAAAACAGAAAGCCAUAGAUGAUCUGGAAAAGUUUAGACUUUUGGCUGUGGAAACAGAAAGAAGAAUGAAACAGGCUGAGCUGGAGAAAGAAAGGCAAUUAAAACAGGCUCAAGAAAUGGCACAACAGAGUGCUGAUAAUGAGCUGCAGAGUAAGCGAAUGUCAUUCCUUGAGAAGACCACUAAGCUGGAGAUGUCACUGAAGCAAGAACAUAUCACAGUGGCCCACCUACAGGAAGAAGCUGAACGUCUCAAAAAACAGCAAUCAGAAGCUGAGAAGGCUAGAGAGGAAGCUGAAAAAGAACUGGAGAAAUGGAGACAAAAGGCCAAUGAAGCCCUGCGUCUAAGACUUCAGGCUGAAGAAGUUGCUCACAAGAAAACACUUGCUCAGGAGGAGGCUGAGAAGCAAAAAGAAGAUGCUGAGAGAGAAGCUAGGAAAAGGGCUAAGGCUGAAGAAUCUGCACUUCGUCAAAAGGAUCUGGCAGAGGAAGAACUUGAAAAACAAAGAAAGGUGGCUGAUGACACAGCCCAUCAUAAAUUCACUGCUGAGCAAGAGCUAAUCCGAUUGAAGGCAGAAGUAGAUAAUGGAGAACAGCAGCGCAUUCUUUUGGAGGAAGAUCUUUACCGUCUUAAAAAUGAAGUGACUGAGGCAAUCCAGAGGAGGAAGUCUCUAGAGGAGGAGCUGGCCAAGGUGCGAGCAGAGAUGGAGAUCCUUUUCCAAGCCAAAUCCAAGGCAGAGGAGGAGUCUCGCUCUACAAGUGAGAAGUCCAAGCAGAUGCUGGAAGCAGAAGCUAGUAAAUUUCGUGAACUUGCUGAAGAAGCUGCAAGGCUGCGUGCGCUCUCUGAAGAAGCUAAGAGGCAAAGGCAGCUAGCUGAAGAAGAGGCUACACGUCAGAGGGCAGAAGCUGAUAGGAUCCUAAAAGAAAAACUUGCUGCCAUUAAUGAAGCCACACGGCUGAAAACAGAGGCUGAAAUAGCCUUAAAGGAAAAGGAGGCAGAAAAUGAGCGUCUUAGGAGGCUGGCAGAAGAUGAAGCAUAUCAGAGAAAGCUGCUGGAGGAACAGGCAACACAACAUAAACAGGACAUUGAAGAGAAGAUCCUACUACUAAAACAAUCCUCUGAAAAUGAGCUUGAAAGACAAAAAAAUAUUGUGGAUGAGACCUUGAAGCACCGAAGGGUGAUAGAAGAGGAGAUCCGAAUCCUUAAGAUAAACUUUGAAAAGGCAUCAGUCGGCAAGUCUGACUUGGAGCUAGAACUGAACAAAUUGAAAAACAUUGCAGAGGAAACACAGAAGAGCAAAGAAAGUGCUGAGAAGGAGGCAGAGAAACAAAGGCAGCUGGCACUGGAAGAAGAAAAAAGACGUAAAGAGGCAGAGGAAAAAGUCAAGAAAAUCAUAGCUGCAGAAGAGGAGGCUGCUAGACAGCGCAAGUCAGCUCUGGAAGAAGUGGAAAGGUUGAAAGCUAAAGCAGAAGAAGCCAAAAAGCAGAAAGAGCUAGCAGAAAAGGAAGCAGAGAAACAAAUUAAGUUGGCUCAAGAAGCUGCUCGGAAUAAAAUUGAUGCUGAGGAAAAAGCUUAUUAUGCUGCAGUUCAGCAGAAGGAGCAAGAAUUACUACAAACUAGAAAACAGGAACAGAGCAUUCUCGAUAAACUGAAAGAAGAAGCCGAGAAAGCCAAACGUGCAGCUGAGGAAGCAGAACGAGCCCGCAUCAAAGCAGAGCAUGAGGCUGCCCUAUCAAACCAGCGGGUAGAGGAAGCUGAACGUCUGAAACAGAAGGCUGAGGAAGAAGCCCAAGCUAAAACUCAAGCACAAGAAGAAGCAGAAAGGAACCGCAAAGAUGCUGAGCUGGAAGCUGCUAAAAGGGCUCAAGCAGAGCAGGCAGCUCUUAAGCAGAAACAGCUGGCUGAUGCAGAAAUGGAAAAACAUAAGAAAUUUGCAGAGAAAACGGUGAAACAAAAAGAUCAAGUAGAAAGUGAGCUGACUAAAGUGAAACUACAGCUAGAAGAAACUGACCACCAGAAGGCUAUUCUUGAUGAAGAACUUGGGCGCUUGAAAGAGGAAGUGACCGAAUCCAUACGUCAGAAGAAACUUGUUGAAGAGGAGCUGUUCAAGGUUAAAAUACAGAUGGAAGAGCUCAUUAAACUCAAGAUACGCAUUGAGGAAGAGAACAAGAUGCUUAUCACGAAAGACAAAGACAGCACUCAGAAGUUCCUAGUAGAGGAGGCAGAGAAGAUGAAGCAAGUUGCUGAAGAGGCUGCCCGUCUAAGUAUCGAAGCACAAGAAGCUGCAAGGCUGAGGAAAAUUGCUGAGGAUGACCUUAAUGAGCAACGUGCACUGGCUGAGAAGAUACUUAAAGAGAAGAUGCAAGCUGUCCAAGAAGCUACUCGCUUGAAAGCUGAAGCAGAGCUUCUACAGAAGCAGAAGGAGAUGGCUAUAGAGCAGGCUAAAAAGCUCCAAGAAGACAAAGAACUGAUGCAGCAGCAAUUAGCAGAGGAAACUGAGGGCUUCCAGAAGAUCUUGGAGGCAGAGCGUCGACGUCAGCUGGACAUUAGUUCAGAGGCUGAACGUCUCAAGUUGCAGGUGGUUGAAAUGAGCAAAGCUCAGUCAAAAGCAGAGGAGGAUGCCAAGAAGUUCAGGAAACAGGCAGAAGAAAUCAGUGAGAAACUUCACCAGACAGAACUAUCAACCAAGGAGAAAAUGACUGUGGUACACACACUGGAAUUCCAGAGACAACAAAGCGACAAAGAGGCAGAGGACCUAAAAAAAGCCAUUGCUGAGCUUGAAAUGGAAAAGGAGAAGCUAAAGAAAGAAGCAGAACUUCUACAGAAGAAGUCUGAAGAGAUGGAGAAGACUCAAAAACAACAGUUACUCCAAGAAACCCAAAGUUUGCAGUCCACGUUUAUUUCAGAAAAACAAAUACUGAUCCAGAAAGAGAAAUAUAUAGAAGAAGAGAAAGCCAAACUUGAGAAGCUGUUUGAGACUGAGGUUAACAAGGCCCAAAAUCUUAAAGCUGAGAAGGAACGGCAACUUAUGCAGCUGGAGGAGGAGAAGAGACUCCUACAACUCAGCAUGGAUGAUGCCAUGAGGAAGCAAAGGGAGGCAGAGGAGAAGGUCUUAGUAAAGCAUGAGGAGCUACAGCAGCUUGCCAACAAGAGACAGGAACAGGAACGGCUGCUAGAGGAAGAAAACAGAAAGCUGAGAGAAAAACUGGAGCAGCUUGAACAAGAGCAUAGGAUUGCCUUAGAGAAAACGCAGGAAAUCCUGAUCCGCAAAGAAACAAUCAUAACAGAGACUAAAGCGAUGCCAAAUGGUCGUGAUGCUGUUGAUGGCACUGCACAGAAUGGAGAGGAGGAGAAUGCCUUUGAUGGAAUAAGGCAGAAAGUCACACCAAACAAGCUCUUUGAGGCUGGAAUUUUGACCAAAGACAUUUUGGAUAAGUUGGCAAAUGGACAAGUAUCUGUGAAUGACAUCUCACAAAGGGAUGAUGUCAGAAAAUACCUUCAAGGCAAUAGCAGUAUUGCUGGCCUCCUGAUUAAGCCAAGCAAUGAAAAAAUCAGUAUUUACAAUGCAAUGAAGAAAAAGUUGCUGACCCCUGGCACUGCCCUAAUUUUACUGGAAGCUCAGGCUGCCACUGGCUUUAUAAUUGACCCAGUGAGGAACAAGAGGCUGACUGUUAGUGAGGCAGUCAAAGAAAAUGUCAUUGGCCCUGAAGUACAUAAUAAAAUGUUGUCUGCCGAGAGGGCAAUUACUGGCUAUAAGGAUCCCUACACCGGAGAUAAGAUCUCACUUUUCCAAGCUAUGAAUAAAGACUUAAUAGUUAAAGAUCAUGGUAUUCGUCUUCUGGAAGCCCAGAUUGCUACAGGAGGUGUUGUUGAUCCUGUAAAUAGCCACCGCUUGCCAAUAGAGGUAGCCUAUAAACGUGGCUACUUUGAUGAGGAAAUGAAUGAGACAUUGUCUGACCCAUCUGAUGACACAAAAGGUUUCUUUGACCCUAAUACUCAAGAAAAUCUUACAUAUUUGCAACUCAUGGAGAGGUGUGUGAUUGAUCCAGAAACCAAACUCUGCUUGUUGCCUCUGACUGACAAAGGUGGGAAAGGAGAAUUUGUUUACACUGACUCCGAAGCCAAAGAUGUCUUCAAGAAAGCCACAGUUUCUGUUCCGUUUGGCAGAUUCCAAGGAAAGACUGUUACCAUCUGGGAGAUCAUUAACUCUGAAUACUUUACUGAGGAACAGAGGCGAGACCUCCUACGACAGUAUAAAACUGGGAAAAUCACAGUGGAGAAAAUAAUUAAGAUUAUCAUUACUGUGGUAGAAGAAGCUGAUAGGAAAAAACAACUCUGCUUCAAUGGUCUAAGACAUCCAGUGCCUGCUGCCGAGCUGGUGGAGAGUAAAAUCAUAGAUAAGGACCUUUUCAACCAGCUGCACCAGGGCAAGAAAUCUGUGGAAGAAGUUUCUGAAGUAGACUCUGUGAAAAAAUAUUUGAGUGGAAGUACAGCUAUUGCUGGCAUCCAAAUUGAUAAAACCGGAGAGAAAAUCACAUUGUAUGAUGCAAUAAGGAAAAAUCUUCUGAAAUCAGGCACAGCCCUUAGUCUCCUUGAAGCCCAGGCUGGUACUGGGUAUAUCAUAGAUCCUGUUAAGAAUGAACUUCUUCCUGUAGAUGAUGCAGUCAAAGCUGGGGUUGUUGGUCCAGAGUACCAUGAAAAACUACUCUCAGCAGAGAAGGCUGUCACUGGCUAUAAGGAUCCUUACACAGGGCAGACUCUGUCUCUGUUCCAAGCACUGAGAAAAGGACUUAUUCCAAAAGACAGCGGCAUUCGGCUUAUAGAUGCGCAACUUGCCACAGGUGGCAUAAUUGACCCAGUAAAUAGCCAUCGUCUACCAUUGGAUAUUGCAUUUAAGAGAGGACACUUAGAUGAAGAAUUAACUAAAAUUCUCUCAGAGCCUCCUGAUGAAAACACAGGAUUCUAUGAUCCAAACAGCCAGGAAAACCUGACGUAUGCACAGUUGCAGAAAAAAUGUAAGACAGACAAGAAAACUGGCCUUUUUUUGCUUCCUCUUUCUGAACAAGCUAUUCAGUCUCAGCAAGAAGAACUCUAUACUGACACACAAGCCAAGGAGGCAUUUGAUAAAACAACAGUUGAGGUACCCAGUGGCAGCUUUAAGGGAAGAACAGUUACCAUUUGGGAGUUAAUUAACUCUGAAUAUUUCACAGAGGAACAAAGAAGAGAACUUAUUCGUCAGUACAAGACAGGCAAAGUCACAAUAGAAAAAAUAAUUAAGAUCAUGAUCACCAUAGUUGAAGAAACAGAAACCAAGAAACAGGAGCGCUUGACAUUUACUGGUCUCCGAGCUCCUGUACCUGCCACUGAGCUAUUGGAGUCUAAUAUCAUUGACAAGACUCAGUAUGACCAGCUGAAAGAAGGCAAGAAAUCUGUGAAGGAAAUUUCUGAAACUGAUUCUGUCAAGAAAUAUCUCCAAGGAAGUGACAGCAUUGCUGGUAUAUACGUGGAAGAGAGCAAAGAAAAGAUGAACAUUUAUCAAGCGAUGAAGAGAAACCUGCUGAGGCCAGGAACAGCACAUGUUCUGUUAGAGGCUCAAGCUGCCACAGGGUUCCUUAUUGACCCUGUGAAGAAUCAAAAACUAUAUGUCAAUGAAGCAGUUAAAGCUGGGCUUGUUGGGCCUGAACUCCAUGAGAAGCUACUUUCAGCAGAAAAAGCUGUAACUGGUUAUAAGGAUCCAUACUCUGGAAAGACUAUUUCUGUGUUUGAAGCUAUGCAGAAGGGGCUCAUCCUGAAAGACCACGGAAUACGACUUUUGGAAGCACAGAUUGCUACUGGGGGCAUCAUUGAUCCAGUUCACAGUCACCGUGUCCCUGUGGAAGUUGCUUACAAGCGUGGCUAUUUUGAUGAGGCCAUGAACAGAAUUCUUUCUGAUCCUACUGAUGAUACCAAAGGAUUCUUUGAUCCCAAUACUCAUGAAAAUCUUACAUACUUGCAAUUGAAGGAGAGAUGCAUUAAAGAUCCAGAUACAGGGCUAAAUCUACUGUCAUUGAAGAAACAGGAGAAGCCUGUAGUAAAAGAAAGCAAUAAGGUGUAUAGUGAAGCAGAAACAAAGAAGGUGUUUGAGGACACCACAGUAGAUAUCCCUGCUGGAAGCAUGGCUGGCUCUUCUAUGACUAUUUGGGAGCUCAUGCACUCAGAUCUUCUUCCUAAAGAAGAAAGAGAUAGACUGAUGGAGGAAUUCCAAUCCGGUAGAUUGACAAAAGAGAGAAUGAUUAUCAUCAUCAUUGAAAUAAUUGAAAAAACUGAAAUUAUUCGUCAGCAAGAACUCUACUCUUAUGACUUUGUUCGUCGGCGUAUCACAGCUGAGGAACUUUAUGAGUCUAGACUUAUCAGUCUGGAAAUCUACAACAUGCUAAAGCAAGGAACUAAGAGCAUUCAUGAGGUUAUACAGAUAGAAACUGUAUGGAGAUACCUAUAUGGAACAGGCUGUGUUGCAGGGUUACAGAUGCCUGGCUCUAAAGCAACAAUAAGCAUUUAUCAGGCUAUGAAGAAAGGUUUCAUCUCUCCAGAUGUGGCUCUCACAUUGCUUGAUGCUCAAGCAGCCACUGGCUUCAUAAUUGACCCUGUAAAGAAUGAAUUACUAACUGUAGAUGAAGCAGUGCGCAAGGGCAUUGUAGGACCUGAAAUCCAUGACAGGCUUCUUUCAGCUGAAAGAGCAGUUACAGGCUACAGAGACCCUUACACUGAGCAGAUGAUUGCCAUCUUCCAAGCAAUGAAGAAGGAUUUAAUUCCAUCAGAUCAAGCUCUGAGAUUGCUUGAUGCACAAUUAGCAACAGGUGGUGUUAUAGAUCCUCACUUUGGCUUUCACAUCCCUCAUGAAACAGCCUAUGUUAGAGGGUACCUUAACAAAGAAACAUUUGAAAUGCUUUCUGAACCAAGUGAAGUUCGGAGCUACAUAGACCCUUCAACAGAUGAGAAGCUAAGUUAUUCUCAGCUUCUAAAGAGAUGCCACAGGGAUGAGGCAAGCAAGCUAUUCCUACUACCCCUUGCUGACAAGAGAAAGCUUACAUUCAAGGGUUUGAGGAAAGAGAUAAGCAUGGAAGAACUGGUGCGCUCUCAGAUCAUUGAUGCAGUUACAGCCCAACAACUGCAAGAUGGGUUAACCUCCAUUGAAGAAGUCUCUCUAAACCUGAGGAAGUUAAUAGAGGGUACCAGCUGCAUUGCUGGUGUGUUUGUGGAAUCUACCAAGGAAAGAUAUUCCAUCUACCAAGCUAUGAAAAAAGGCAUGAUUAGACCAGGAACAGCAUUUGAGUUGCUGGAAGCCCAGGCAGCUACGGGAUAUGUUAUUGAUCCAAUUAAAUGCCUCAGAUUGGCAGUGGAAGAUGCUGUACGUAUGGGUAUUGUGGGAACAGAAUUCAAAGAUAAGCUGCUGUCUGCUGAGAGAGCUGUUACAGGUUAUAAGGAUCCUUACUCAGGAAAGCUCAUCUCUCUUUUCCAAGCCAUGAAGAAAGGAUUGAUUCUAAAAGAUCAUGGAAUCCGCUUAUUGGAGGCACAGAUUGCAACUGGAGGCAUCAUUGACCCUGAAGAAAGCCAUCGUUUGCCAGUGGAGAUUGCCUAUAAAAGAGGUCUGUUUGAUGAGGAGAUGAAUGAAAUACUUACUGAUCCAAGUGAUGACACAAAAGGAUUCUUUGAUCCUAACACAGAGGAGAAUCUAACAUACCUUCAACUCAUGGAAAGAUGCAUUACUGAUCCAGAAACUGGACUUUGUCUUCUGCCUCUAAAAGAAAAGAAGCGUGAAAGAAAGACCUCUUCAAAGUCUUCUGUUCGCAAACGCAGAGUUGUAAUUGUAGACCCAGAGACAGGUAAAGAGAUGUCUGUGUACGAAGCUUAUCGUAAAGGGCUCAUUGACCAUCAGACAUAUAUAGAGCUCUCUGAGCAAGAAUGUGAGUGGGAAGAAGUCACCAUUUCCUCUUCAGAUGGUGAGGUAAAGUCAAUGAUCACAGACAGACGUUCAGGAAGACAGUAUGAUAUUGAUGAUGCUAUUGCCAAAGGACUAAUUGAUCAGUCUUCUCUAGACCAGUACCGCUCAGGGUCUUUAUCAAUCACAGAGUUUGCUGAUAUGCUGUCAGGCAACAUGAGUGGGUUCCGUUCAAGGUCCUCUUCUGUUGGCUCAUCUUCCUCUUACCCGGCAAGCCCAGCUGGAAGGGCUCAGUUAUCUUCUUGGUCUGAUCCCUCUGAAGAGACAGGACCCAUUGCUGGAAUUGUAGACACAGACACCUUAGAAAAAGUAUCCAUCACAGAAGCAAUGCAUCGUGACCUUGUAGACAACAUCACUGGCCAGAGAUUGCUGGAAGCUCAGGCCUGUACAGGAGGUAUCAUAGAUCCAUCUACAGGACAAAAAUAUGCUGUAAUUGAUGCUGUUAACAAAGGCCUGGUGGACAAAAUCAUGGUAGACAGAAUUAAUCUGGCCCAAAAGGCCUACAAUGGCUUUGAGGAUCCUAGAACAAAGACAAGAAUGUCAGCAGCCCAAGCUCUGAAGAAAGGUUGGCUGUAUUAUGAAGCUGGCCAGCGUUUCCUGGAAGUGCAAUAUCUCACAGGUGGUCUUAUUGAGCCUGAUGUCUCAGGACGUGUUAGUCUAGAGGAUGCCCUUCAGAAAGGCACCAUUGACACCCGCACAGCCCAAAAAUUGCGAGAUGUAAAUACUUACUCUAAAUAUCUGACUUGUCCCAAAACUAAACUCAAAAUUUCUUAUAAGGAAGCCAUGGAGAAAAGCAUGAUAGAAGAUGGCACUGGUCUUAGACUGUUGGAAGCUUCCUCACAAUCAAGUAAAGGCUACUACAGUCCCUACAAUGCCAGUGGCUCUGGUUCUGCAUCAGGCUCUAGGUCUGGCUCAAGAACAGGAUCAAGAUCAGGUUCAAGGCGAGGCAGCAUUGAUGCAACAGGCAACUCAAACUUUUCUAUGACCUUCUCUUCUUCCUCAUACUCCUCUUCCAAUUACGGUCGUAGAUAUGCAGAUGGGCCUCAGAAAAGUCUUUUUGAUGCAGCUGAACUGACAAAUGCACUGUAUAACCUAAGUCGAAACUGCAGCUGGGAAGCAGAACGAGGGCUCAAUGCAUUGCCGGCCCUCAUGCCCGGUCUGGUAUAACUCCUAGGAAAAUCCCAUACUUAUUCUAUGAACUUGACCCCUUUUCCUGCUCUGCAUGUGGUGAAGCUUUACUUGGACUUUUUUAUUUUAUAUAUAAAUAUAUAUAUAUAUAUAUAUAAAUAUAUAACACUCAGUUUAUUUCUAACUGUACUCCAAAGCAGUGCCUAAAAUUUUAACCAAAAAGACAGAAAGAAAACCAUUUUAGCCAGGUGACUGAAAUAAUAUUUUCAAGUUCUUAUGAUGUUAUUUGUAUAUUGAGAGAUGACUAAGAGAACACUAUUGUCCAGCAAAGGAUCCUUGAAGUGCUUUGAUACUCAUUCUGGAGUAUGCUUAUGUUACUAUGCUGUGUGCAGAGCAUUACCCACCAGCAGAACGGCAGAUAUUUAAGUGAAACACAUUUUUCCUUUAUUACAAACACUGGCCAUAGAUGACUUGGAGAGUUGCUGAACCCUGGUGGAUCGGAAAACCAGCAUUAACUCCCAUUGCUGCUUAGUGUCACUCAUGACCUACCUCCUUUGCCUUGUUUAUAUAUUGGAAAUACGUCAACUAAAGAUCAAAUUGAACUACCCAUCAAGAAUACAAAACAUUGCUAGACAUCCUUCAGAGUGAGCCUCAGAUGUUUUUCAGAGAGACAACUUUUUUUUUCUCCACCCCACUGUGUGUCCUUCACUUUCGGCAUCCAGACUCCCCUCACAAGACCCCCUAAAGGACUUCACCUGGUCUGUCCCCAACUGGUCCCAGCCUCCGAGGGUAUCUUUCUAAAUCUGGUUCUGAAGCUUCAGGCGAUUGGCCCAUAUGCAAGUCAGACACCUCCAGCAUGGCAGGGCCACAGCGGCUCCCCCAAUUCCAGUGUUUCUGGAUGUUCCAUCAGUCCAUGUCACAAGAGGAGGUGGGCAGUGACCCCUUCCUCUUUCAGAACAUAAAGGACACAGUCUGUGCGUGAAAGGGGGUGGCCCCUGUGUACACUCGGAGUCACUGCCUAGGGUGACUUUUUGGGAAACAGACCUCUCUUUCCAGCAUUCAAGUCCUGUUGUUUCAUCCAUUUGUAUAUCUGCUGUCGCAUGAUUCAUCCUUCUCGCUCUGGAUGUUUUCCCUUUUUAUACCCAGCCCUCUUUAUUGUCUCUCUGUUCCCUACCCCAAUAGGCAUUAACUUUCACUGUUAGCAAGUUAGUGUCUUUUCAUGCACUGAAUGAGUUAAACACUCCAUGCUCACCCAGCCCCUGAGGUCCUGUGUGUCUGAUCUCCACCCCUGAGGUCCUGUGUGUCUGAUCUCCACCCCUGAGGUCCUGUGUGUCUGAUCUCCACCCCUGAGGUCCUGUGUGUCUGAUCUCCACCCCUGAGGUCCUGUGUGUCUGAUUUCCACCCCUGAGGUCCUGUGUGUCCGAUCUCCACCCCUGAGGUCCUGUGUGUCUGAUCCCCGACCCUGAGGCUCAGCAAUCAAGCUCCAAGCAUCACGAUCACAUGUGGCCCUUCACCAUUCCAGCUUCCUGUGGUUUUGUUACAUUUGUUAUAUCCAUAGUUUUAUUGGAAUCCACUUACUUUGCCUUUCCAUGAACCUCUCUCAUCUUCUUACAUUCACCUGCGUUUAUAUUAUGUGACGGUGGUUUUACCCUAAAAUAAUUGUAUAUGAAUAAUUUUACCCCAAGCUAACCAUCACACAGUGCCUAUGCAAUGCUCUUGUCUCUAAAGCUCUAGCCUGAAGGAUUUAUUCUGUUUCUUUUGAAUGAUUAGACGUGUUUUAGAAAUCUCUCAAAUGCAUUUCCAGCAUUAUGAUCCUCGGUUCAAUAAUGGAGGAACCGCAUUGUAGAAGCCUAUGCACUAGGUUCAAUAAAAUGGCAGCCUUUGUAAAUGUGUUUUUUGGAGUUGCCAUAUUUAAAACAGUCCCCACAUUUUGUACAAAGACCACCGUUUAGUGUAUAUAAGAUACCCACCACAUUGUUCUCAGUGGUGCUUCCCUUAGAAUUAUUGGUAAUUUUUGGGUGAAGGAGUUAAAUUUAGAAUUUUAAUUUCUAUCAAUUCUGUAAAUCCUUCAGUGGAAGAUUUGUGGCCUGUUGGUGGGAUUAAUAUUUACUGACUCCUAACACUAAAAAGAUUGUACAUAAGUAUUUGUAAGAUGUGGCCUCUUUGUUGCUUCCCUCAAUGCAAAAGGAAAAGUAAAAUGAUAUCAUAUUAAA